AUGGGUCAAAAAGAAUUUAAUCAAGAAAAAGGAUUUCUGGGAUCUAACAGUAUCCUCAGACUGCUCUUGGUGCUGGAGAAGGAUACUAGACCACAGGGAGCUUAUCAGCAGAUACAUACUCUCCCUGAUUGGAAAUGGAAGCUGAAGACAAGAUACAAACUUCUCUCUUGGGGUUUGGAUGUUGACCCUACAUGUGUUUUGCGCAAUGAACUAUUGGAGGAUGAUUAUCAUCUAUUCUUCAAGUGCAGAUUCUCCGUCACUAUAUUGAACAAAUUGCUAAGGAGGCUGGGAUUAAGAAGAUGCAGACACUCUAAUUGGGAAGAAGCAAUUACCUGGUGCAUUAGGCAGUUCAAAGGCAAGAAGGAUAUUGGUACUAUAAGAAAGCUCUCCUUCAAUGCUUUCAUCUAUCAAAUUUGA